CGACACCACACUUCUCAUACGAUUGCGAUACCCUCGAAGAUCUGAAACCCAAGGUCGCAAAUAUAUAUACUGCAUUGCCUGCAAGACACCGAGAACUUCCCGAACGCACAAAAAUGCAAGACGGCACGCCGCCCUCCACGGCCAACAUUGCGCUGGCAUGCGCCAUACUCGCAGGCGUCACUGGCUACUUCCUCGGCACAGCAAAGUCAUUGGGGCUGUUUGGAGGCAGUCCAAUAUCUGAGCCAACACGGAGCAAGAGCGAGAAGGCGCAAGACUCGGAAGACGAGUCCAGCGACGAGGAGGAUGACGACACAGCACCUGCCGAAUUUCCUGGCCACACCGAAGAGUGCAAGAUGGUAUUGGUAGUGCGAACAGAUCUGGGCAUGACAAAGGGGAAGAUUGGUGCGCAAUGCGGGCAUGCGACAUUAGCAUGCUACAAGCACUUCCUCCGACACGCACCAGACUCGAUUAUUCUCAAGCGUUGGGAACGGAUGGGUCAGGCGAAGGUCGCGCUGCAGGUCAAGGGCGAGGAGGAGCUGGAGAUUCUGCAGGCAACAGCCGUGAGCCUGGGACUGGUUGCGCACAUCAUCCAUGACGCAGGCCGCACUCAGAUUGCGAGCGGUAGUGCGACUGUGCUGGGAAUUGGACCUGCGCCAAAGGGCGUGAUUGAUCAAGUGACAGGUCACCUCAAGCUGUUGUGAGUAUGGGAUAGAGCGAAAGAUACCACGAAGUCAUGACAGCAUAUUCGCCAUGAACAAAAGUGCAAGGCACACACGAGCAACCAUCUAUGUAUGAAAGUAGAUCUUCUACUGCGCCAGCUCCGCAGAGCUGAAGUGCAGUCGAAACAGAUGUGAUGUAGCCAACUGGGUUUGUCCCAAGCGUCAUGGACCGACGGUCUAGCAAAAGGGAACAGGAAUCAGUCUGCCU